CGUUAAUCUGCGUUAAUCGUUCUUCGCGUGCGGGUGAAUUUGGAAAUCCUUGUUUGUAUUGAAAAUAUCCGUGGAAAACUACCAAUAUUUCUUUACAAAUCAGUAAUUUUCAACGGAAAAAUCUGUUUAAUUGCGGAGAAGACCAUAAGUUAUUAGUGCAAAGUGCAAAUAUUUCACAAAAGAAUUGGUGAUAGUCGGUGUUUGCAAAUGUAAUUUUUUUUCAAAAGCAUUAAAAAGUAGCGGCUGUCAUGGACCGUGUACCGAAAAGCACGUCUUCAUUUUUGUGAUGAUAGACAUUUCGUUUGCCACAAAACAAAAACAUAGUUUGGGUUUGGUGAUAUUGGAACGUCUAAAAAAAAAUGUAUUCGCAGCUUCGGGAUAACUUUUGGGAGAGAAUCCGAAUAACAAAUGAAAUGAACAACAGUCAUAACCGAGGAGGGGCUCCAGCGGCCAGAGACUCCGUGGGUGAAUGGGAUUUAAGUCAAAUUGGGUUGCAUGAGGAACGUAAUCCAGUACAAAAUAUUCCCACGAUUGAUUUGGAAGAUGAGGACGAGGUGGAUAGUGCCAGCUUUCACACGGAAAGAUCUCCGAUUGAAUACUCCCCUUCCGCUCGACAAACACCCCAAAUACAUUCGAUUCCGGUAUCUAUACAGCGCACGUUUCCCGUUAGUAGCACUUUAGGCAGCUACGAAAGCCGGAUGAUGGUGCGUAGACCAAUACAUGACUAUCGUGCAAUUUUCGGCGGAACCCCACGAACGAUUCAGCAUCAAGAAACAACUCCUGUGCCAGCUGGUAUAAUCUUCAACCGAGUGUACAAUAAGAAAGUUACUCCGUCGAAGGACAACUAUUUUAGCGUUAUGGACACUCCUCCCUCUCCAGGAGAACUUUCUGCAGAAAGAAUAUUUGGCGGAGCAGCGAUCGACUCCAAACCUAAAAUUGUAAUGACAUCAAGCCAAAACGAAAACAGAAUUAUUCGCCGUUCUUUCGAUAAAUCGUCCUCUGCAACACCAACGAGCACAAAUCGUCGGCAGAAAAAUAACGGACCCUUCAAACUUUUGGGCAUUAUUGAUCUAGAGCCGGACACAGAGUCGGACGACUCGUCGGUUACUCACACUCCCUCAACAGCGAAUGAUUCGACAAAAGAAUCUAGCCUUCGAUCGGUUACACCGAGGAACUCGGCUCUUGGAAGUUCCGAAACUCCGUGUACCUCAAAUGUGGGUAGCAACAAAGAAGCAGAAGCUAUUAAAGUACACACUAUAGAAAUCGAAGAAGAUGACGAACGGGAGGAUGUUGAGGAAUCCCGAAUGGACCUAUCUGAAGCAGGUGAUGAACCGCAAUUACUGGAGGAGGAUAAAUUUGGCCCGGGUCCAUCCAAAAUUAAUUGUGCUGAAGAUCUUCAGGAAGAACAUUGUAGUUUAUCUGAUUCCGAGGUCAGUUCUGUAACCCAAAUUAAUCCUUCUUCAUUGGCGAAUUCGUUCUGGGAUGUCUCAAGUUCCGGGUGCAUGAAAAUGCCCAGCGAUAAAGAUAAUUCAUUGAAAACCUUCAAUAAACACACGGAGUUUGACUUGCUGCUAGAUAGGAUUAACAAACAGGUGCCUGCGAUGUCGCAACUGGAUCGAAUUGAACAUUGGCGCGUAACUAGGGAGGAUUUAUUGUAUUCUAUUCCGACCAUAGCGGAAAUAGAAUCUGGCACUUCAGUCAAACGUCCCAUGGAUGAUCCUAUACACAUUUCAAGCGGUGAAAGUACUAGCGGCUCUGAAACUAGUGAUAGUCCUAGUUUAUUGAAACUUAAGCAAAGUCAAAAAGCUAACUUCAAAAAACGUCGAACAGGCGAAAGCUCACUAAUUCACGAUCGAUCUUCACCGUCAUUGCAUUUGAGUGAAAAUUUGGAUUUUCGGAGGACUCAAAUUAAUCCCGAAAUCGAUAAAACUAUAAGUCAAAUUCAGGUGCGUAAAAACUACUGCAAGUUUCCGACGCGCUUCAACCGUAUGGCGGAAGAAGAAAGUAAUCCAGAGAAGGGGCCUUCCGAUCCGUACGAAAAUUUCCUCAACAGUGAUACUGAGAAGGAAACAUUUACCAAAUAUUUACGCAGGAAUCCGGCGUAUCGCCCCGACCUAUUGUCAAAGCAGCGGUGUCACCCUGCAGUCGACGAGAACAAAGUAGCCGUUGUAUUGCUGUCACCGAUAAGUCUGUCACAAUCAACAACGACUGAAUCAAAUAUAAAUACUGUCCGAACGCAGCCUGAACGACCCAAAUCCGCUGAUCGAGUAUCACGCUAUGACAAAAAUCGAUCAACUUCGGUCGGUAAAACGCUGCGUUACAAAGUGCGCAAACCUCAGUUGAAGAAAAAGUCCAUGGUAGCCGUUCGAUCCAAUCCUCGCUGCUUUCGCCGGUUAGUCAUGAAAAAUUCACUUCGAAAUGGGAAGGUUCGUAAGAAGUCUUCGUUCGUGAAUCUUUUGGCUAGCACAAAGCAGAAGCGACGGAAACAAGCCACUAUUCAAUCCAAGACCAACUCAAAUGAACAAAAACAAGAGCUGCGCCCAAAUUUACCGGAAGAGACGACACAAAAGGAUGUUCCACCUAGAAACCAGCUGCCUACAUCCAGUAGAGUAUCAGUGGAUAGUGCGGUCAGCAGUUCCACAUCCGCCGAGCAUAAACGGCAAGACGAAUCGGAACUAGAACCGCCACUAUUGAAGGCACCGGCUGAACUACGUACUAUGAAAAACCCACUAUCACGCGUCAAUGGGGAUGUUCUGAUGGUUUUCUACGAAGCCAACAAGCUUAUUGUGAUACAGCAGGAACUGGUCAGCUUUUGGGAGUGUUCAAAACUUUCCGCUCUGUUAGGACUUAAGCAGGAACUUCAAUUGAUUGGGCAAAUCAAACGAGCACAAACCGAUUCCCAGAUUGACUUAUCCAAUACUCAGCGGUUGGGGUUCAACGAGGACGAACCAUUUUAUUUGGAACCACGAGCACGAAACCUAGAUGAAGACGAAUCCCGCUUGUGUCCUUUCGCGUCGAUUUAUAUAAAUCACUACUACGUAGGUGCAAAUGAGGAGAACAAAGAGGAACAGUGCGUUCGUAUGAAAUCUCUCCAGCUGGACAGUGUUAGAAGUAAACUUUCCGAUUUGCUUUUCGUGCCGCUGCCGCGAUCGCGCUACUUCAUAAUUUGCUGGCAUGAGCAACUAUCCGAAACAGAUUUCCGGACUGGACUGUGCAAGUAUAGUCUGACACCAGAUCUGGAGACCCUGGCAAGUAUUAGGGAGUUUCCAACCAUACCGCAGAAAAUUAAUAGUUUAAGGUGUAUGGACAACGAACAAUUGAUUGGAUUGGGUAACUCUAUGGUUGCCAUAUGGAGCUACGAUAAUGGAUACUUACUGUUUACGGUAGAUUUGAAAGUGGACAUUGAAUUGCCGCUAGCUACUUUUAUUCAUUCAGAAAACGAUGAAAAGGCAAUGUUUCUCGUUCAGUUAUGCCCUUCCCCUAGCGGCAAUUUGAAGCGCAAACUCGUCAAAGUCAUUGCCAUAAAUAUGAAUAAGCGAUCUUGGCAUCAGGUGCUGAGUUACGAAGUUCCUCUGGAGUCAAGCAGCAUUCUGUGUCAAUCAAGCACUCCUGCAGGCCUGAUUGGACUACACUGUACAACUUUCCAGAACGGUGAAUUGCUGGCAAUUAGUCUGGAUGAUCUCACAACGUUUUUCACCAACCACAAGCUACUGCAAAGUCCAGAUGAACGAAGGGUAACUCGUGAUAACCUAGCCAUGAGGGAGAAGAUUUUUCUCGGCCCAAUCGAAGGCAGGCAGCUUGUGCUGGUUAGUGAUAAAUUCAUUAAACUAAAAUCGAUCGAUGAAUACUCGCUCGUAUGUAGCUAGGAAACGCAAUAGCAUAACAGGUUCUGUGGAGCAGCCAUCGAUGGCGAAUGUAGUAAUUGUUGAUAACAAAAGUCAAAUAUUGUAUAACGCAACUGCUUAAAAAUUAAAAAAAAAACACGUCCUUGCUAAGAAGUCUGCGAUAGUAGAAUCGCAUACAUACUUGUUCUUUUGUAACUCUUGGUUAAGUUGGGAACUUUCCAGCAUAUAUUUUUUAGUCUUUA